AUGAGCUCCGGCUCCAGCUCUGGAGCCGGAGCUGCCCCGGAGCCGGCUCCGGAGCCCGUGGGAACUCUGUUUAGCACUGGUCUCGAGCAUCGUUUUACUUAAAUAUUUUUUUCAGAACGAAAACCCGGACUACGUGAUGCCGGUGAUAAAGAAGCGUAAGCCAAAGAUAAACUCCAAAGAAACAGUUAAAGGCGGCGGCAGUAAAGACAACGAAGCGAGCAAUGAGAAGGUAAAAGAGAAGAAGCCCAAUUCAAAGGAGAAGAUCAAGGAAGUGGAGAAGGAUAACGAGAAGAUCAAGGACAAGAAGGAUAAAAGCUUUAAGAAGAGUGUCAGAAAGACGGAUUCAAAGCGAAAAACAAAGAAAAAGUCUAAUGAGAACGCGGCAUCCGACCGGUCGGAAGAAGAAAAAGCUCCAGAGAAGGUGGAAGAAGUCAAGCAGGACAAGAAAGAUAACAUAGAGGGCGAAGACGUAGUAGCCAAGACUCCAACUUCCUCAAAGAAGAACAAAGAGACCGACAAGGACGAUGGGCCGAUCAGCGAGAAGGAGCCAAUAUAA